AUGGGAAGAGCAAAGAAGCAAUACGAAGCGAAAGAAAUCAUUAGAUUAGGAGGAAACGCUCCCAAGAAUCAAAAGGUUCCAUUAAUCAUCAAGACGGGGAUGAAUAAGAAAGCCAAAGAACGUGCGGUGAAAGCGGAGACUGCAUUGAAGCUGUUGGGCAUGUACGUGAAGAAGCCCAAAGAGAAAGUCGAGAGAAAUGACGAUGACAAGGGAUUGGAUAUACACGCGGGUGUUGGCUCGUUUAAAGCUGGUGUCCUCAAGGUGAAUAAAGAUCUUUUCGCUCAACCCUCAGCUGUAAAGCGGGGCCCCAAACCCAGCGGAAAAGGUGGUGCACGGAAUGGCGCAAAAGGCAGGAAGCGGAAAUAA